CGUUCGUCCGCUCGCUUGUUCGCUCGUUCGACGUCUAUUAUUAGUCCUCGGUCAUCGGAGAGGAGCUUCUACGUGCACAAGCAACGACGCAACGACACGACGACGUACGCACGCAUCGACGUUCAACGCAGAAAAGUCGCGCCUCCUCGAAGAGAGAAGUCGUCAAAGUACAAAAUAGUCGCUCGCUACGUUUCGGAAAUUCAUCACCGUUCACACAUUUGACAAACGCUCGUGUUACUAUCGCGUUUGGUUACAUUCGGUGACUACGCAAGACGAAGAAUUUCGGUUGUAUCAUCUGCUCAUUGGACCUCAGGAAGGAUGAUUCUCUCACACUCUUCACUAUGAAGGAUGCGGUUUCGCAGAAAGGAAACGGUAACAUAGCCACUCCCAAGUCCAAACCAUCUCUAGAAAUAUAUCGACCCCCAGGUGGAAGAGCGGAAGGAACGGCGAACGCUGCUAAUCUUCGACUAAACGUGCAUGCCAAAGAAUUCAUUAUGAAGCAGAAUGAUUCUCAUUCUUCUAAGUCUCGGAUUAACACAUUGGAUCGCUCUCCGUAUUAUCUACAGCACAGCAAGUCGAGUGGAAAUAUCCACAGAUAUAUUUAUCCUCAGCAGCAACAACAACAGCAGCAUCAUUUGUCCCGUCAUUCUCAAAGUGGUCAUCACACUAUAGUAAAUUCCACAUUACGUCAAUCCUAUCAUUUGGACACGUCCGCAUCCAGUGGAAACAUAUUACAUACUGCAGGUCGAGUACAUUUUAACGUAGAUAAAAACGAAAUCAAGACUAAUUCCGUAAAAUCAGGUAAACUUACCAAGUCGUUAUCCUUCGUAUCUACUUAUGGUCUGAAACGUUCCAAAAGUUUGAAUUCGGCUGAUGUAUUGGCCGCAAAAGCUCUCAGCAUUUCCGAUGCUUCAGAACUCGGAAUAUUUCCCACUCCUAUUCAAAAUAUACUUCUGCGAGCAAUAGAAGACCCAAAUUUUUUGAAUGCAAGGACAUUGAUGGAGCUAGUGCGACACAUCCUAGAAAGAGUAGUCGAGAAUCGUAAAUACGCCGAGCCAGCAGCUAAAAUUUGCAUCACAAUUAUAGAGAAAGAAACGAAAGAAACGUUUUUGGAAUCCUUGUUAAACACAUGCCAACAAUGGUAUCAGGAUCGCGCUAGGAUAUUGCACGACGAUAUGAGCUGUCAUCGAUAUUCAGCUUUUAUGACAUUUCUUAACGAGAUGUAUUGCCAGCUGAAGCGACGACAACUACAACUCAAGACGCAACAAGAGGGAGUUUCACCAGGGCGCGUGCUCCUCACACUUUUGUGGAAAUGUUGUCAGGAUUGUUUAAAGCCGCCAGUCAUCAACUCACUCGCUGAAACGAAUUGCCUGUUCCUUAUCCUCACAUGUAUCGGCAAGGACUUGGAUGCAGAAUUGCCUGCGCAACUACAACAGCUGCUCGGAAGUGUACGCGAUGCUUUCUUAGCGGAAGAAACGACAACGUUACCAUCGGUCAAAAAGACGCUCCUGCAAUUGAUUGAACUCCACGCCGCCCAUUGGCAGUUACCGGCACCAGCAGUGGUUUACUAUUAUCCCAGUUCGAAUUCCAAGUAACUGCAAGCUUCUUUUGCUCGCGGUUUUUCCGUCCGUUUUCCUGAAAUAAUGCGUGAGUGGAUUCAUGCGAGAGUAUGGGUUUGUUUUUGGUUUUUUGUAUCAGAUUGACCAAUAUUUCCCUGAACAAGAUAUUUACAAUACGAGAGUUAUUUCGAAAGUUUACAUAUAAAAACAUAGAAUUAAUUUCUGAAAUUGGCUUUAUUGCUUCUCAAAAUAUUCUCUGUUAUACUUAAUAUACUUUUCCACUCGACGAAACCAAUUGUCGAAGCAUUUUAUCAAUUUUUCUGGAGACACUCCAGACACCAGAUUUUCGAAUGCUUCCACCGCCGCAUAAGCCGUAUUAAACUUCAAAUAAUUUUUAUCCUUGAUGUAUAGAAAUUAGAAAUUGUAGAGUAGUCUCAAGUUGGGACUGUAAGGCGGAUAAGUAAUCAAUUGUAUACGGGCAGUGACCCAAACCUAUUUUGUUGUAUUUUCUGCGUUACAUAACGAUACGUUAUCUUAUUGCAAGAUAAUGCACGAUUUUUACGAAUUUUUCAAAUACAAUCGGCAGGCAAAUUAUUGUGUACCCCUCAGUAUUAACUGUAAGAUUUUUAAGCGCAACAGGCAUAACAAAACCAAUUUUCCUGAAGAACAAUGUAAUCAUUUUCUUGCCAACAUUUCGGCUGCGCUUCACUUUUGUUGGAUGUGGCUCGUCUAGGAACAUCCACAUAUUCGAUUGUCGCUUGCUUUCUGGUUCAUAGCAGUAAAUUCACGAUUCGUCACCUGUUACGAUGUCAUACACUGCUUUGAACCGACCGUGAUCAUACUGUUUAAUUAUUUCUUUGCUCCAUUGACACACGCCUUUUUUGGGUUUCCAUUAAAUUGUGCGAUAUCCAACAGGCAUAUUGCUUUUUGAUGCUAAAAUCAUUUAGGAUGGUUUUGAUUUGAGUCAUUAAUGUCUACAGAUGCCUUAAUUUUUCUGUAGAUCGUGCGAUGGUUUUCCUAUAAUAAAUUGCGCACAAUAUCGACGUUCUCUGGAAUGAUCGUCGUGGCAAAACAGCUUUCACAGGAUUCAUCAUCGAGCUCUAUUUGACUGUGUUUGAAGUUCGCGUACCGCUUAUAAACAAUUUUUUGGGAUUUUGCUUCAUUGCCAAAGAGCGAAGAUUUUCAUUGUAGCGGAGUUAGCGACUUCUUAAAGACAUAAAAAAUCAUUUCGCAGAAGUUUUCUUGCGAUAAAUUUUUUUUCGGAAAUAUCAGCUUUGAACGCGUUUCAUGGUUGAACGAAUAAAUAUUUUUUGCGUCAAAAGGCAAAGAAUCAUUAAAUAUAUGAAAUUAAAAAAACCUAUUAAUUAAGAAACCUGUCAAUAAUUUUGAUAUGACAUAACAUCUAAUGCCAUUUUGUGAAGACUUUCGGAGCAAUCUACAAAUACCGGACACGCAAACUCCUUUAAAUCAUUUGAUCACAUAAAAUAAUAUGUUAAGUACCAUGCGAAAAUAUGAAAGUGAUGAUUAUUUUGCAUUAUUAAUUCUUCUCUCGUUGUACGAUCAUGAACAGUUUGCUGAGUGUACAGUUCGAGAUAAUCUCGUUCCUUUUAACAAAAUUCUUGUUAAAAAUUCUGUAUGCAAUACGAAUAAAUAAGUUCUUUUACA